AUGGUUUCCGCUGCGACAGUUGCACCUGCAGCUCCACAAUCGCUCUCACUUCCUCCUCCGCAGUUCGCCCGGCUCCAGCCUCACGCCUACCUACUUGCCCACCUUUCUCCUCCAGUCGCAAGCAACCAGCCUUCAGCUCGCGCCAAUGGCCGCGCCCCCUCGCAAUUUCGAGUCACAUCUGCAAACUCAGGCUCGUUGACCCAUACCAAUGGCAGUGGCAUGGUGCGUCUCGGCGAUACGACCGCCGUCUGCGGUGUGCGGGCCGAGCUUCUACACACAGAAGAUAUCCCCUCGUGGAGUGUUUCGCAGUCUUCGAAUGCCAACAAGCGUCGACGCCUGGCGGACUCGAUUAAACUCAGUGGACAGAGCGGGGAUCAUGAAGAGACGGAAGCCGAGGUGGAGGAAGACCGGGCCCAUAUCGAAGACCUGAAUUUGCUUGUCCCGAAUCUUUCGUUGAGCACUGGCUGUGCACCUGGCUUUCUUCCUGGUGCUCCGCCCGCCGCGCUUACUCAGGCGCUUUCCCAUAAAAUUCUCUCUCUUCUGCACAGCACGCGCCUGGUCCGGGCGGAAGACUUGCGGGUCUGGUAUCAACCGCCGAACCUGGGCCCGGAGGAGUUGGAAAGGCAUAAUGAUGAAGAGCACAUGGACGUGGAUGCGGAUGAGGCUGAAAGUAAGCCUGCGGAGAUCAAGGCCUUCUGGGUUCUUUACAUCGACAUCAUGAUCAUCUCCCUCGCCGGAAACCCAUUCGAUGCAGCUUGGAUGUCUGUGUUGACUGCUCUACGUGAUACGAAGUUGCCCAAGGCUUGGUGGGAUGUCGAUAAUGAGACCAUUCUCUGCUCUGACAGCAUCGCCGAGUCCCGCAAGCUCUCUUUGCGGGGACUUCCUAUUCCCAGCUCAUUCGGUGUCUUCGAGGCCGAUGCUGCGGCGGGAUGGCGUGCAGUUGUCAUUCCAGAUGGCGAGAAGCUCAAGGCUGAAGAGAAGAAGGGCACAGUGCAGAAGUGGAUACUCGCAGAUCCGGACGGCUAUGAAGAGGGCUUGAGUCAGGAGCGAGCUUGUAUUAUUGUUGACAAGGAGCAGAACGGCAAGACGGUCAUUGUUAGCAUGGAAAAGCACGGUGGCUGGACGGUCGACACUGAGGACCUCCGGCAGUUAGUGGAUAUCUCUGCUCGGAGAUGGGACGAGAUGAAGCAGAUUAUGGAUCAAUGUUAA